AGGCAGACCGGAUAGGGGGAGGGGUUCAGGCCUGUCCUCCCCUGCGGCUGCGGCAGCACCAGCGCCAGCGCCGGCCGCUGCCGCCCCUGGAACGCGGAGGUGGAGGAGCGGCUGGAGGAGGAGGAGGAGGAGGUCCCCGGCGAGCGGGAUGCCCAUCGCUCCGGCUUGGUGGUGAAUGCUGAGGAGAGUCGCGGUUGCUGCAGUCUGUGCCACCGGGGGGAAGUUGUGGUGUGAGGCCGGGCGGGAGCUCACAGCGCUGUGGAGAAUCCGGGCGCGGGGUCCGUGCGAAGACUCGGCUGCUGCCAGACCCCUGCUCCCUCCGACCAUGCCUGGAAGGAACAAGGCGAAGUCGACCUGCAGCUGUCCCGACCUGCAGCCCAAUGGGCAGGAUUUGGGCGAGAGCGGCCGGGUUGCCCGUCUGGGAGCUGAUGAAUCUGAGGAGGAGGGACGGAGGGGGUCUGUUAAUAACGCCGGAGACCCCGAAAUCGUCAAGUCUCCUAGCGACCCCAAGCAGUACCGCUACAUCAAAUUACGGAAUGGCUUGCAGGCACUUUUGAUUUCAGACCUAAGUAAUAUGGAAGGUAAAACAGGAGAUGCAACAGAUGAUGAAGAAGAAGAGGAAGAGGAAGAAGAGGAAGAUGAUGAUGAUGACGAUGAUGAAGAUGAAGAUUCUGGAGCUGAGAUAGAAGAUGAUGAUGAAGAGGGUUUUGAUGAGGAGGAGGAGUUUGAUGAUGAUGAUGAACAUGAUGAUGAUGAUCUUGAUACUGAGGAUAAUGAAUUGGAAGAAUUAGAAGAGAGGGCAGAAGCUAGAAAGAAAACCACUGAAAAACAGUCUGCAGCGGCUCUUUGUGUUGGAGUUGGGAGUUUUGCUGAUCCUGAUGACCUGCCCGGGCUGGCACACUUUUUGGAGCACAUGGUAUUCAUGGGUAGUUUGAAAUAUCCAGAUGAAAAUGGAUUUGAUGCCUUCCUGAAGAAACAUGGAGGUAGUGAUAAUGCUUCAACUGAUUGUGAACGUACAGUCUUUCAAUUUGAUGUCCAGAGAAAAUACUUCAAGGAAGCCCUGGAUAGAUGGGCUCAAUUCUUCAUCCAUCCACUAAUGAUCAGAGAUGCAAUUGACCGUGAAGUUGAAGCUGUUGAUAGUGAAUAUCAACUUGCAAGACCUUCUGAUGCAAACAGAAAGGAAAUGUUGUUUGGAAGCCUUGCAAGACCUGGACAUCCUAUGGGGAAAUUUUUUUGGGGAAAUGCUGAGACACUCAAACAUGAGCCAAAAAGGAAUAAUAUUGAUACACAUGCUAGAUUGAGAGAAUUCUGGAUGCGUUACUAUUCUGCUCAUUACAUGACUUUGGUGGUUCAAUCUAAAGAAACACUGGAUACUUUGGAAAAGUGGGUGACUGAAAUCUUCUCUCAAAUACCAAACAAUGGGUUACCCAAACCAAACUUUGGCCAUUUAACGGAUCCAUUUGACACACCAGCAUUUAACAAACUUUAUAGAGUUGUUCCAAUCAGAAAAAUUCAUGCUCUGACCAUCACAUGGGCACUUCCUCCUCAACAGCAACAUUACAGGGUGAAGCCACUUCAUUAUAUCUCUUGGCUGGUUGGUCAUGAAGGCAAAGGCAGCAUUCUUUCUUACCUUAGAAAAAAAUGCUGGGCUCUUGCGCUAUUUGGUGGAAAUGGUGAGACAGGAUUUGAGCAAAAUUCUACUUACUCAGUAUUCAGCAUUUCAAUUACAUUGACUGAUGAGGGUUAUGAGCAUUUCUAUGAGGUUGCUCAUACUGUCUUCCAGUAUUUGAAAAUGCUGCAGAAGCUAGGCCCAGAAAAAAGAAUUUUUGAAGAGAUUCAGAAAAUUGAGGAUAAUGAAUUUCAUUACCAAGAACAGACAGAUCCAGUUGAGUAUGUGGAAAAUAUGUGUGAAAACAUGCAGCUGUAUCCACUACAGGACUUUCUCACUGGAGAUCAGCUUCUCUUUGAAUACAAGCCAGAAGUCAUUGCUGAAGCUCUUAAUCAGCUAGUUCCGCAAAAAGCAAAUCUUGUUCUGCUGUCUGGUGCUAAUGAGGGAAAAUGUGACCUCAAGGAGAAAUGGUUUGGGACUCAGUAUAGUAUGGAAGAUGUUGAAAACUCUUGGGCUGAACUAUGGAAGACUAAUUUCGAAUUAAAUCCAGAUCUUCAUCUUCCAGCUGAAAAUAAAUACAUAGCCACGGACUUCAUGUUGAAGGCUUUUGAUUGCCCAGAGACAGAAUACCCUGUUAAAAUUGUGAACACUCCACAAGGUUGCCUGUGGUAUAAGAAAGACAACAAAUUCAAAAUUCCCAAAGCAUAUAUACGUUUCCAUCUGAUUUCACCUUUGAUACAGAAGUCUGCAGCAAAUGUGGUCCUCUUUGAUAUCUUUGUCAAUAUCCUUACCCAUAACCUUGCGGAACCAGCUUAUGAAGCAGAUGUGGCACAGCUAGAGUAUAAGUUGGUAGCUGGAGAACAUGGUUUAAUUAUUCGAGUGAAAGGAUUCAACCACAAACUACCUCUACUAUUUCAGCUCAUUAUUGAUUACUUAGCGGAGUUCAGUUCCACACCAGCUGUAUUUACAAUGAUAACUGAACAGUUGAAGAAAACCUACUUUAACAUCCUCAUCAAGCCUGAGACUCUGGCCAAAGAUGUGCGGCUCUUAAUCCUGGAAUAUGCCCGUUGGUCUAUGAUUGACAAGUACCGGGCUUUGAUGGAUGGCCUUUCCCUUGAGUCUCUGCUGAGCUUCGUCAAGGAGUUCAAAUCCCAGCUCUUUGUUGAAGGCCUGGUACAAGGAAAUGUCACCAGCACAGAAUCCAUGGAUUUCCUGAAAUAUGUUGUUGACAAGCUGAACUUCAUGCCCCUGGAGCAGGAGAUGCCUGUGCAGUUCCAGGUGGUAGAGCUGCCCGGUGGCCACCACCUGUGCAAAGUGAGAGCUCUGAACAAGGGUGAUGCCAACUCAGAGGUCACGGUGUACUACCAGUCAGGUACCAGGAGUCUGAAAGAAUACACUCUCAUGGAGCUGCUCGUGAUGCACAUGGAAGAGCCUUGUUUUGACUUCCUUCGAACCAAGCAGACCCUUGGGUACCAUGUUUACCCUACAUGUAGGAACACAUCUGGGAUCCUAGGAUUCUCUGUCACCGUGGGGACUCAGGCAACUAAAUACAAUUCUGAAAUUGUUGAUAAGAAGAUAGAAGAGUUUCUUUCAAGCUUUGAGGAGAAGAUAGAGAACCUCACUGAGGAUGCCUUCAACACCCAGGUCACAGCUCUCAUCAAGCUGAAGGAAUGUGAGGAUACCCACCUUGGGGAGGAGGUGGACAGGAACUGGAACGAGGUGGUGACACAGCAGUAUCUCUUUGACCGCCUUGCCCAUGAGAUUGAAGCACUGAAGUCAUUCUCAAAAUCUGACCUCGUCAGCUGGUUCAAGGCUCACAGAGGACCAGGAAGUAAAAUGCUCAGCGUUCACGUCGUUGGAUUUGGGAAGUAUGAGCCAGAAGAGGACGGCUCCCCUUCGGGUGAGGAGUCCCACUCUUGUGAAGUGAUGCAGCUAACCUACCUGCCGACUUCCCCCUUGCUGGUGGGCUCCACCAUUCCCAUUACCGACAUCAGGGCUUUCACAUCGACACUUAGCCUGCUCCCCUACCACAAAAUAGUCAAAUAAACUGCAGUCUCGUUGGCCUGAA